GUUAAUAGGUCUAUAAGGCUUAAAAAUGUGUGCGCGCUCGUGCAUGUGCGUUUGGACUCUUAGGUGUUUUCGCGCGCGCGAGCCGAACUGCCGAGCACAAGCGGCGCGCGCACCUCGCCAAACUCCGCUCUGUGCCGGAGACGAGGCAGAUUGCGCGCAUUUUCCGGUACACAUCUGAUGCCUCCGGUGCUAAAAAUGCGUCCUAGAAAUGCGCCCUAUCUGCGUCUACGGAGCGACCUGGAGGAGUGUAUUCGACAGUGAGUGAGUGCGUGCGUGUGAGAAGAGAGAGAGAGAGAGAGAGAGAGAGAGAGCGUGAGCGACCAUACUGCUCCUUGCACACGCGCAACCAAGUCGCGAGACCAACCUGGAAAUCGCGCGACAGAAAUUAUCCCUCACAGACUUUUCUCCACUUGGUUUUAUAUUGCAUGCUUUUACAAAAAAAAAGUUCUAUUUUAUUUUAAUUUUUUUUACCCAAGUGUUAUUUAUUUAGCCAUUGAUAUUGCAAUUUAGGAAAAAUUAGAAUGAAGGCAAAAAACAGGGACCAAAGCUUAUCCGACUCCAGAGAACUCGAUGGAUCCUACGACCAGCUUACUGGAAACACUCCCAGCCAAAGCAAAAAAAGUAUUAAACAGCGGUUCCUCAAGCUGCUGCCCUGCUGUGUGCCCAGUGUCACUCCCUCAGUCAGUCAAUACAGCAUCGAGGAUGAUUUUGAACUCUCCACUGUGUGCCACCGGCCCGAGGGUCUGGAGAAACUGCAAGAGCAAACAAAGUUCACCAAGAAAGAGCUGCAAGUUCUCUACAGGGGCUUUAAAAAUGAAUGUCCCAGCGGCGUCGUGAACGAGGACACCUUUAAGGUUAUCUACUCUCAGUUCUUCCCACAAGGGGAUUCAAGUACGUAUGCACAUUUCCUUUUUGAGGCAUUUGACACCAACAAGAACGGAUCGGUUAGUUUCGAGGACUUUGUCAUCGGCCUGUCCAUCAUCCUCAGGGGGACCAUAAUCGAUCGGCUCAACUGGGCAUUCAAUCUCUACGAUCUCAAUAAAGAUGGUUGUAUCACCAAAGAGGAAAUGUUAGACAUCAUGCAGUCAAUCUACGACAUGAUGGGGAAAUAUACGUAUCCCUGCAUGCAAGAGGACGCUCCCAGAGAGCACGUCGAGAGCUUCUUUCAGAAAAUGGACCGUAACAAUGACGGCGUGGUCACCAUUGAUGAGUUCAUCGAGUCAUGCCAAAAGGACGAGAACAUCAUGCAGUCCAUGCAGUUGUUUGACAACGUCAUUUAGGGCCACGCUCUAUUCAACAGGACGGUGCAAGAGCCUCAGAAAGGUGAUCACGACCUCCAAACUGGUCACCUGGAAAGCUACACUCCUCCAUAUCUCCUCUUCACCCAGCCAGAGGCCCACCGUCAUUCGGUUUUCUUUCUUUCUUUUUCCCCCCAGAGACAUUGUGGAAGAUGAUGCACCAAUUCUGGCUCCUAGAUAAACUUCAAUAACUUGUUUUUCUUACAUUCCUGAAAGCAUUAAACACAUUAGCUGGACUCGUGAUGAAGCCAGCUGGACACUUUCACAUUUAACAGGAAACUCGGAGGAACAAAAAGUGACGAUAGAAGAGAAAAAGAAGCGACCAACAUCUAGCUAGAAUCUAUGGCCGAUGGUGGAGUUUUUAAUUUGAUAUGGUUUUUUUUUUUUUUUUAAUCAACAGACAUUUUUCUAACCGCAUGAUGUCAAAUUAUCUACACUAUGUAACGUAUCUUUUUGCCGAGCUAGUCCAAAGCUUGUCUGUUGUCAAACGGCCAUCCAAAUGUGCCUCGCUCAGACGGCGUGUUGUAUUGUGCACCAUUCGAAUCCCUCCAUUCAGCAGCCAAUUCAAAUAGAAACGUACACUUUGUACAUUCCUGGAAGAGUCUGUAAGAAAAGAAAGGGGCUCCUUGGCCUUCAAGAUCUUAGCAGUUCAGGGGUUUUUUGUUCCCUUUUCCUGGUAACAGAGGUUUUGUCCUUUUCAACCCAUGAAGUGUCUCAUUAGGUAGAGCAAUUCGUCAUGUAUCUUUGUAAAAACAGCGGAGUGGAGCUACGCUGCGUUAACGCUACCCUGCGUCAACGCAUAUUAAAUAUAAAUCGUGAACUCAUUGCUGCUGGUAGGAGCCACUAAUGAUAAAUUCAGUAUAUUACAUCAUCCAGGCUUUUUUAAAUGUAUUAUUAUUAAUAACAAUCAUGUAUCACUAAUUCGAGCAUAGGAAGCUUUGUGAUGCCUAGGGACCAGAAAGCUUGUCUAACAUCAAUAUUAAAAAGGGUUUUGAAUUAAAACUAUGAAAUAAUAUUUAUAGUGGAGCAACAAAUGAGAAAAAUGAUAUAUUACAUAAUAUAUAAUACAAAAUUGAAUCUCAUUAGAUUGGAAAUUUAAAGUCAAGCUUAGUAAUGUGUUUGCAUUUUUGGGAAAAAUGUGCAAUACCUUACCUUGCAUAUGUCUUCUUUUUGUCAUGUCACAACCUGUAACUGAAAUGAGAUCAUUUUGGAAUUCUUACCGUUUGAGAUGUGAACUCUGCACAUCUGUAUUCUGAGAUUUUCUUUUCUUUGGCAAAAGUUCAAUCAAAUGGAGACAGAUGUUGUACAGCGAUUUUUAAGUCUUGUACACAAAUCUCAAUCAGUUUGUGAUCUACAUUUGCACCAACACACCUUCUUGGUUUUGAACUGCUAUAGUACACCUUUUGGCUAUUCACAAGAUGAGCCUCCAGCCCAAGUCCAGAGGUGGAAAAGGUUUUCCUUUUGGCUUUGUCAAGUAUUCAGGUCCAUCUAUCUCACUAGUUUUCUGUCCUUGUUGAAGGAAAAGCAUCUCCACAACAUGACGCUCCCACCAGCAUGCUUCAUUGUGUGGAUGGUGUUCUCAGGGUGAUGAGCAGCGUUCAUGUUUUCAUCAAAUGCAGAGCUACAAGGCCACAGGGUAAGACCAAACCAGACUUGGUUGCUGCUCUGGCUAAUACCCUCUUUACCUGGUCAAUCGAUUUCAGUGUGGUUUUUAACCCGAGAUUCUUUUCAAAGCGAUAUCUCAAGAACGAUUGUUGAAAGUAUGCCGAACUUAUGAUUGUUUAGGAUUUGUCAUUGUAAUGCUGUUAUUUUGAUAGCUCCUUGGUCUUUAUGACGCUGUUUGUUUGGGUCUGCGUUACAACAAAUUCUUUCCGAUCAGCUCUACACAGGUUUUGAGACGAAAGGACACCAAAAAACACCAUAGACUUCAAUAUUUAAGCAAUAAUUUUGAACGAAUCUCGUCCAGUAUGGCCACUUUAUCAAUUCACAUCAGUGUGGAGUGGCGAUGUUUAGUUAUCUUUCGAAGAGCCAAUCGUGAGCACCAUUUAUUUCGAGGUUUAUGCAAAUGUUCUUUUCAAAAUGCCACAAGAAAUGAAGAAAAAAAAUGAAUAAAAUAAAGACCGUGUCCUCAUUAGAACAUUUUCCCCUCCUGAAAGGUCAAACAAUGGCAGAUGCUCCAACACGGUCCUGUCAACAUUUUUCUCUCGGCUUACAAGGACAGAGAGGGUGCGUGAAAGGUUUGUUUAGAAUGUGGAGACUUCCUUUCAUUCCAAAAGAGGAAUGAAGGGAAAAUGUUUACCCUUAUUUAAAGGUGUGUUACUGACAUCAGUCUCUCAUAAUUGUGUGUCAAUGUCCUUUUAAGACAUAAGAAAUAGUAUUCCUAUUAGGAAGGAAUUUCAUAGUAACAUCAGUCCAAAGAAUUUAUUUGCCGCCAUAAUCAGAAAUAACAGAACAAAUUUUACUCACAAAUUCACUGACCAAACAUAUAUUAAGGUUGUCGUUCAUCUACCAAAUUUAUUGUCUGAAGCCUAUCAAGAACAUGUUCUUGCGUUCACUCCGAUAUGUUCGUGUGUCUUCUGUAAUGGAAAGAAAAAAAAAAAAGCUCAUUCGUGUCGACUAGAAUCGUCUGCAAAAAAUGUAAUUGGAUCUCGAUUUUUGUUGGAGCACAGCUUCUUGUCAGAGUUUCCCAAAAUGCAUUAGUAUUUGUAUUUAUUUCCUUUUAGAUCCCCCACUUCAGCAUCAAUGGACAGUGUUGUUCAUACUCGCAUGAAAAGUAAUAAUCUGCUGUAUUAACCAUUUCUUAGGUAGAUUGUGCUGCAAAACGAGUAAAGAUAUCCUUGUAUAUUUUGUACAGAGAGUAUAAUAAAAAAAAAAAAAAUAACUACAACUGCUAUGCAAUGACGGGCGAAGUGUCUAAACUGUUGCAAUGUCUUUGUAGUAAACCAUAGUAUUAAACGGAUAUCAUAUGAUCACAUUA